CAUGCAUAUGUAAAGAAAAGCAUAUUUUAUAUCAAAUUAACAAAAUAACAGGUGACAAUUGAAAAAUUAAAAAUUAUUAAAAAAUAUUUUAAUUGAUAUCUAACUUAUAGCUGAAAAUGUGUAACUUAAUCAUUUAUGUCGGUUUUAUUUUAUCUCGAAUGCAUUUCCCGAAAAUACUGUUGAUAGCCGACGAGUAAGUUUUCUUCUGAAGUUUUCUUUUGAAUUUACGUUUAUUUCAUAUAUAUUACUAACAGAACUCUGACAAUCUCAGUUGAAACAAUUGAAUCGCCUGCAACACUACACGUUUAAAGUUUGUUUAACAUUUUAGUUCUAAGUGCAUGUUUCUUCUCUACAUAUGUUUGUAAUUUGAAUAAUAGGUUUUUUCAUUUAACAAGAUCAUUAACAUAUUUUCAAGAUGGAAAACAAAGAAUUACAGAGGCAUUUUCGUGAUGAUACAGUACUUAAUAAAAUAAGUAAAAUGUUUAUAUCACUACAACAAGAAGACAUACGCACAAUUAAUACUUUCUUACAACCGGUCAUUAAAACCUUAAUUGAACAUAUGAAAGAAAAUAAUUCAUUAUUUAGAAUAAUGUACAAACAAAUUAUUUACUGUGGCAGUUUUUAUAAAGGCACAAAAAUAGGAGAACCAAACGAAUUUGAUUUAAAUAUCAUUUUGGAGGUCCCUAUUAAUUAUGAUUGUAUAAAUCUUUAUCCAAUUUCACCAUCUUAUGUUAAAUUAUCUAUAACAGAUAAUAUACAAGCAUAUAAUACAGCAAAAAUCCACAAUUUAGUAUAUCAGGAAAGAAGAAAACUGGACAAUUUAAUCUCUGAUAGCAGUCUGGAUCCAAAUAAUUUUCGUACUUGGAUUAAAAGUAUUGUAGAUCAAGUUGUUGAUAAGUUACCAGGAUGUGGAAAUGAACAUGAAUUAUCAGUAAAUAAUUCUUUCAAAGCAAAAAUUAGAAAAAGUGAAAGUGGCCCUGCCAUUAGAUUAAUAAUAAAUAUUCCACAUCAAAUUGGAUGUAUAUCUGUUGAUUUAGUACCAGCAUUAUCAUUCAAUAUAAAAAAAGUCACUGAACGACUUACGACAAAAUUUCAUAUACUUCAAGAGUGUCGAAAUAAAGAAUGUUUUGCAAUUCCAAUACCAGAAUUUGGUGAAAGUUUUCAUUGGAGACUUUCUUUUUGUCAUCAAGAAAAUGAAAUGCUUGCAAAGUAUGGUCCUGUGAAACCAAUUAUACGUUUAAUAAAGAAAUUACGGGAUACACAAAACUGGAAGAAUAUAGCAAGUUACUACAUUGAAACAGUGUGUUUAAAUAAAUUAACAGAGUGCAACAUGGAUAUUGAUAAAACAACUAAAACAUUUUUUUUUUUUACAAUGCUUGAAGAAUUACAUCAUGCUUUUGAUCAACACAAAAUAAAAUAUUUUUGGAAUGAAGACCAUAAUUUAUUAUGCAAAAUUCAUGGUACUGAAAUGUCUAAUAUAGCUAAUCGUUUAAGAAGAAUCAUAAACAAUAUUAAAAACAAUGCAGAGGAUGAUUUCAUAUUGGCUAAAUAUAUUUUAAAUCCAAAAGAAUUAUCAUCACUAACUUCAGAGAAGACAAAUGAUGCAGAAAAUACAACAAAUAACAAGAUUUGUAUAAUCAUUUGUAUAAUCAUUUGUAUAAUCAUUUAUGGAACAUUCUAUAUUGAAUAUUCCAUAGAUUUUUUAAAAGGCAUUUCCAUAUCAACAAUUAUAAAUAUUUUAAUAUCUAUAAUUUUUUAAUAUUUUAUAUUUUCU